AUGCCGUUGAUCUUCGCCCUAAAUGGAGCCCACACGGCGGCCAGGUUCCCUUCUUCAUACACCUUCACUUCUGGAUCCCAGAACCUUUCGUUGAUAUCGUCUUGUAUGGAAGAUAUCCGCUCCACGAACGAGCCGAUGGUGCAGAAACGAAGAGGGCUAGACGAUGAAGAGGGUGGGGAGAGCGACAUUCCUCCGGCACGCACGCAGAGCUUUUCGAACCCGGCUCGAGACUUUGCGCUUAACGCCGUCAGAAACCCUUUUGCAACGGCAAUGAUCUUGUCGACUUCGUCGGAGGGAUCUGGUGGGAUGGGAGUUCGGACUCGCCAUCUUAAGCACAUUGUUGUGAAAGCAGAUGUUUCCCGGCUCCAUACGGACUCAGAGAAAUAG